AUGCAUAUUCUGCGGCAUAAACGCUCUAAAGCAGGAGUUAAGAUUACCGAUGCCGAGGAACUGGACACAGACGUAACGUGUAGCAAAUACAAUUCUCUGCCUACCCCUGAAGUAAAUAAAGCACGAGCGGCACUUAAAUCCAGUUCUUUGGAGUUACGAGCAGUGGUGAAGGACCCUCUUCCUGAUGCAUUACGAGAUGUUGCACCCAAUCCAUCUGUUAGCAAGAGCAUUGAACCCACAGAAAUUGAUGACCGUACUCAUGAAAAUCAGUCCUGUAGUCAUCAGAACAAUGCUCCUCGACCAAGCUUAAUGGCGCGGAAUAGCACUUUUGAGGUACCUCUGUUCAUAUUUUGCUGCACCAAUCUACCGGUUUGUGCUCGGGGAAUGCACGGGAACGGUGCUUCUUCUUCUUUUGCACUGUCCCGGAACCGUUCAUCUGUGUGUAUAUAUCAUGUUGUGCAGAAGUAUGGUAAAGGAAACUGGAAGCUCAUUCUGCAUUGCUACCGAGAUACCUUUGAAGAGAGGACUGAGGUUGAUCUAAAGGACAAGUGGAGAAACAUGACACGAUCCUGA